AUGACCAUCAAGGGAAUCAAGUCAAUCGCGAGGGCGCAUAACGGCGUCGGCGCCUUCAUCCUCCAAUGCAAGAAGAUGGACUUUCACUACUGCGACUGGGCCGGUAGCUCCAAGGGAAUGAACGGCUUCAUCAAGUCAUUACUCCCCAAGAUCGCCGCCUCCAACCCUCAGGUCGAGUUCGCCGUCUCGCCGCGCCCCGGACGACACCCCGUCAUCAUCGGCCACUAUAUCAACGGCCGCACGAAGCCCAUCUGCGUGCGGAACCUGUCGCCGUACGAGAUCCUGCAAAAGGUCGAGCUGCUGCGCGACGCCAGCGGCAACAAGAACCGCCGCACGAACAAGGCCGUUGUCAGCACCAAGCCCAGCGUUAGAGGCAUCUGGUCGCCGUACCACGGCAAGGGCAUGGUUGUAUAG